AUGGAAGCCGGGCAUUCCCAUCCAGGCAUCCGAGCAAUAUUGUCGACGCAGGAAAUCACAGGAAAGCGGAAGCAGCAGAUGUUUUUGGAUGUGGCAGACACAGCAGCAGCACCCCACGGCAACAGUGCCACCAGGAGAGCCAGUGCCGAGCCAGUGCCACCCAGAGAGCCAGUGCCACCAGCCAGUGCCACCAGGAGAGCCAGUGCCACCAGGAGCAGCCUGCCAAGAGGAGAGCCAGUGCCAAGAGAGCAGUGCCCCAGAGGAGAGCCAGUGCCACCAGGAGAGCCAGUGCCACCAGGAGAGCCAGUGCCAAGAGGAGAGCCAGUGCCAAGAGGAGAGCCAGUGCCAAGAGGAGCAGCCAGCCAGGAGAGCCAGUGCCAAGAGAGCCAGUGCCACCAGGAGAGCCAGUGCCACCAGAGAGCAGUAGGAGAGCCAGUGCCCCAGAGUGCCACAGGAGCCAGUGCCACCAGGAGAGCCAGUGCCAAGAGGAGAGCCAGUGCAGCCAGUGCCACCAGGAGAGCCAGUGCCAAGAGAGAAGUGCCACCAGGAGAGCCAGUGCCAAGAGAGAGCCAGUGCCACCAGGAGAGCAGUGCCAGAAGGCCAGCCAGAGAGCCAGUGCCAGAGGAGAGCCAGUGCCAAGGAGAGCCCACCCAGUGCCAAGAGAGGCCACCAGGAGAGCCAGUGCCAAGAGGAGAGCCAGUGCACCAGGAGAGCCCAGGGAGAGCCAGUGCCAAGAGGAGAGCCAGGCCAAGAGGAGAGCCAGUGCCACCAGGAGAGCCAGCCCCCAGUGCCACCAGGAGAAGCCAGUGCCAAGGAGAGCCAGUGCCAAAGGAGAGCCAGUGCCACCAAGAGAGAGAGCAGUGCCCCAGGAGAGGCCGCCAUGCCAAGAGAAGCCAGUUGCCACCAGGAGACCAGUGCCAAGAGGAGAGCCCAGGGAGAGCCAGUGCCAAAGGAGAGCCAUGCCCAAGAGGAGAGGCCAGUGCCACCAGGAGAGCCAGCCCAGAAGCCAGUGCACCAGGAGAGCCAGUGCCACCAGGAGAGCCAGUGCCACCAGAGAGCCAUGCCAAGAGGAGAGCCAGUGCAGAGAGCAGUGCCACCAGGAGAGCCAGUGCCACCAGGAGAGCCAGGCCAAGAGGAGCCAGUCAGGAGAGCCAGUGCCACCAGGAGAGCCAGUGCACCCAGGAGAGCCAGUCAGUGCCAAGAGGAGCCAGUGUGCCAGUGCCAAGAGAGAAGCCAGUGCCAGUGCAGAGGAGAGCCAGUGCCACAGAGGAGACCAGUGCCAGAGGAGACCAGUGCAAGAGGAGAGCCCAGCCCAAGGAGAGCAGUGCCAGGGAGAGCCAGUGCCAGGAGAGCCAGUGCACCAGGAGAGCCCAGUGCACCACCAAGAGGAGAGCCAGUGCACCAGGAGAGCCAGGGCAAAGGAGAGCCAGGGGCCAGAGAGCAGGCCAGGGCCAAGAGGAGAGAGUGCACCAGAGAGCCAGUGCACCCAGGAGAGCCAGGGCCAAGAGAGCCAGUGCACCAGGCCCACCAGAGAAAGCGUGCAAAGGAGAGCCAGUGCCACCAGGAGAGCUGCAGAGAGCCAGUGCCACCAGGAGAGCCAGUGGCCAAGAGAGCCAGUGCACCAGGACAGCCAGGAGAGAUCCAGUGCAUCAGGAACAGUGCCACCAGGAGAGCCCAGUGCCACCAGGUAGAGCCAGCUGCCAAGAGAGAGCCAGUGCCAAAGGAGUGCCACCAGGAGAGCCAGUGCCACCAGGAGAGCCAGUGCCAAGAGGAGACCAGGAGAGCCAGUGCCAAGAGGAGAGCCAGUGCCAAGAGGAGAGCCAGUGCCACCAGGAGAGCCAGUGCCAAAGAGGAGAUCCAGUGCAAGAGCAGCAGUGCCAAGAGGAGAGCCAGAUGCCAAGAGGAGAGCCAGUGACCCAGUGCCAGAGCCAGUGCCAGCCAGUGCCAAGCCAGGGAGCCACCAGCAGCCAGGCCAAGAGAGAGCCAUGCCAAAGGAGAGCCAUGCCAAAGAGAGCCAGGGCCCAGAGAGAGCCAUUGCCACCAGGAGAGCCAGUGCCAAGAGGAGAGCAGUGCCAAGAGAGAGCCACUGCACCAGGAGAAGCAGUGCCACCAGAGAGAGCCAGUGCCAAGAGAGAGCCAGCCACAAGAAGCCAGUGCCAAGAGGAGUCCAGUGCCACCCAGGAGAGCCAGUGCCACAGGAGAGCCAGUGAGCCAGCAGACAGUGCACCGAGAGCCAGGCCAAGAAAGCCAGUGCCAGAGGAGAGCCAGUACCACCAGGAGGCAGUGCCAAGAGGAGAGCCAGUGCCACCAGGAGAGCCAGUGCCAAGAGGAGAUCCAGUGCCACCAGGAGAGCCAGUGCCACCAGGAGAGCCAGAUGCCAAGAGGCAGAGCCAGUGCCAAGAGAGAGCCAGUUGCCAAGAGAGAGUAGUGCCAAGACGAGAGCCAGUGCAGAGAGAAGCAGUGGCACACCACAGACUCUCCUUGUCCCCCAAAGCGCCGCUGGGUCAUCAAUCAAGUCAUCGCCGUCGCUUAUGGCACUCCACCCCCCCCCCCUCCAUUUCCCCAAAGACAUAUCCCGGAGGCUUCGCAUCAUCUCCCCGAACCGGGAGAGUCGUGUGCGUCUAG